AUGUCAUUAAUAAUUAUAAAUUUGGAAUGUUAUUUAAAUUCUAUAAAGAAUGAUAUCGAUAAACUCUUGAAGGAUUAGAAAAAACUAAUAUUAGAAGUCACAGAGGAUUUUGUUAAAUUUUGUGUAUUUCACUAACAAUUUGAUUAUCACAAGUAAAAUUAUUGAUUUAUUUUAGGUUCUGGAGAUCAAACAAUUAAAUUAUUUGA